AUUUUUAAACAUUAUAGGGAAGUUAAAACUGCAGGAAGUUAUGUGGACUACUUGCACUCAGUUUCUGAAUUUUAUAACCCAAACUGGACUGCAAGUGUGAUUGUCACCUUAAACAUUGAUAGAUGUCGUCUUUAUUCCAUGCAUGAAGUAUGGGAUGAGAAGACAUAUCGAAAGGAAGAAUAUUCUUUUGAACUGAAGAAAAAACAAGAUGCUGUGACUUCCACUAAACAACAUGCCAAAGCACAAGAACAUUACAACCGAGGGAACUUCAAAGAUGCCUUCUUUCAUUUGAACAAGGCUUUGAGUCUAAAUCCUCAGAAUGUUGAAGCUCUUGUUUCCAGAGGAAUAUUGUAUUCCAAUACUAACAAUUUAAGGAAAGCUUUUCUCGAUAUGGAGGCGGCCCUGCAACUUGAUCAUAGCCAUCAAACUGCUAGAAAACAGAUGUCAGUACUUCUGGUUGCUGCUGCUAAAAAGCAUCAAGAACAAAGUGAUAUUAAAAAAGCUGAAGAAGCAUUAAAAGAAGCUGUGAAACUGGAUCCAGAAAAUCGUGAAGCUCGUAAAGACUUGAAAGAAAUUUAUCGUAUAUAUUCACCACGCCCUUCGAGCAGUAGUUCUGGCAGGUCUCCUAUGAAAAAGAAGAGAAAUAAAAUGAAAGACCAUGGUCGAAGUCGCAGCAAAGAAAGACGGAAGUACAAAUGGAAAAAGAAAAUGUAUCAUGGCAAAUACAAGUCAAGGUCCAGAUCAAAGUCUAGGUCACCUAAGCCUAAAAUUGAUAAGUUUUCUGUUGAUGAAGUGGAGCCUUGAGAACAGAAGGAUUGUCUACAUCUGUAAGUACAGCUUCCAGAAGAUUCCGUUUACAGCAGCUUCAAAAUCUUUUUACAGUUGUAAAUUAAGUGAUGCAAAGCACUUAUUUCACCUAAAGAAAUUCUUUGCAGGCUUGCAAAAUUAUUGGUUUUAUAUACAAUUUUAAUUUAUACAGUUUUAAGAUACAUAUACAGUUUUCAGAAAAAAUUUUAAGCAUUUGUAAAUUUUUUUAACAAUUUGCAAAAUGUAAAUUUUAUUGCCAACAGCAUGUAGUUUUUAACAUAAUGUGGAAAUUAUUACAGCUAUUUGUUAUUUUUGGAGCUGUUUCAUUUGUAUAUUUUACAUCAUCAUCCAUGUAAAUAAAAUUUUUAAUUCAG